ACUUGAUAUUUAUUGUAGUUUAUAUAAGGUGAUGACUACUAUUUGAUACCGUAUUUUUAUUACUAUUAACAUUAAGGUUUUUUCAAGAUGUGGAUGGGUAAAAUUGGUAAUAAAUCUGCCGCCUUUAUCAACCAUAAACACUUCCAUCCAGGCAACUACAAAAAUUUGGAAAAGGUAUGGUUGGCGGAAGAAAAGCACAAAGCAGAGAUUAAACGUCUCAAGGAAAUGAAGGAGAAACGAGAAGAGGAGAUCAAGAUUUCAAAAAUAAAAAGGCAAUUGAGGGAACAAGAGGAACUCAGGAAGAUGGAAAUGAUCACAGAAGAGAAGAAUAAGAGAUAUGCUGUUACAUCUUCUCGGUUAGCCGAUAAUGAUACCUGUGGUUUAAUAUUACCUGAGAGUACAGACAAAGAAGGUAAAAAAAAACAGAAUUCUACUCAUAAACUGAUAAUUCAAUCGCAAUAUAGAGAAGACUGCUUCAAAUAUGGACAUACAUCCGUGUUUGGUAGUUAUUAUGACGUUGAAACCAAGGCUUGGGGAUACCACUGCUGCAAAGUAACACUCAAAACCGCAAGGUGUACCAAACCAAAGGCAAACGCCGAUAGUUGUCAGGAUGAACCACAUAAUAAGACUAAAGAAAGUGCAGAUAUUUCCACUUCAGGUUCCAAACGUCCACAUGAAGAUGCAAAUACAAACAAAAGAUUUAAAAGGCAUGUGAGUGGUAUGAAGGAUGCGAUCGAUAUGUUGAAGGAAAUUGAGGCCUUAGAAUAAUCAUUUCUUUGUAGAUAAAGUACGUUGUUUUUCUGCAGAAUGAACAAUCUUUUCUUCGGUAGGAAGACCCUGAAUUUUAUAA